UUGAUGGCUCAUGUGGAUUCAAAUACGUGUAUAUAGAGUACUAAUCAAAUUAAUUGGUGUUAAAUUUAUUACUCUAUCUCCAGCAAUAUAGAUACGAUGGGAAAAAAGGAUAAGAAUAAGAAGAAGAUGAGCGGUAGUGAGAAAACGGCGUUAAAAACCGAAAAAAAGCUGAACGCCCGGCAAAAAAAAGAGUUGGCUGCGCUCGGAGAGGAUGACAUAGAGAAGGUGGUAGCAGAGAUUGAACAAGAAGAAGCUCGUAGGCAACGUGUUAAGGAAGUUAUAGUUGAGCCACCGUCCAGAAGAGUAAAUUUUACCCUCAAUGCACAUCCCUACAAAGAUGAACUUAUUAUGCUGGGUGGUGAAUUUUAUGAUGGUCGACAGACUAUAGUAUAUGGGGAUAUGUUUUUUUACAAUAUAAAUAAAAAGGAAUGGUCAGUGGUGAAGGCACCUGGAGCGCCACCCCCACGCUGUGGUCAUCAAGCAGUAAUUACCGCUGCUCGAGGUGGCGAAUUGUGGGUGUUUGGUGGCGAGUUCUCUAGCCCUAGCGAGUCACAGUUCUAUCAUUAUCGCGACCUUUGGGUGUUUCUAUUAUCAGAUAAAAAAUGGGAGAAAAUCAUUGCCCCGAACGGUCCGUCGGCUAGAAGUGGACACCGCAUGGUGCUUUUAAAGAAACAGCUGAUCGUGUUUGGCGGAUUUCAUGACAAUCUCAGAGAUUACAAAUACUUUAACGACGUGUAUGCGUUCGAUCUCGAGACUUAUGUUUGGCGCAAGAUCGAGCCCGCCGGCUUGGCACCCACUCCGCGAUCCGGCUGUGUGGUAUUGCCGACCCCCGGCAACAAAAUCAUGGUGUACGGCGGCUACAACAAGGAAAGGAUAAAGAAGGACGUGGACAAAGGUCGCAUUCAUGACGACAUGUUUCUCUUAACUCCGGACAAAAACGACACGACCAAAUACAAGUGGACGUGCGUGCGACAGACAGGAAUGCGCGCGACUCCGCGUUGCGGCAUUUCCGCGGCACUUGAUCAGCCCAAUCUGGCGUUGUUGUUUGGCGGUGUGCAAGACGAAGAGGAAGAAGAUGACGAGGAGAAUCUGCGGGGCACGUUCUACAAGGAUUUGCUUGCUCUGGAUCUCGAGAAGUUUCAGUGGCACAGCGUUACUUUGUCUGGAAAGAAAGAAAACGCGACGACGGAGCGACGGAGAAGGAGAAAACAGAAGGAUGGAGGAGAUGAAGAAAGAGAGAACCAACAGAGCGAUGAUUCCGAGGAUGCGGAAAUGUCACAGGAAUCACCGACCAAUCCGACGCAAUCGAACACGAUCACCGUUGAAGACGGAGUAUUCACAAUGACAUUGGGCACGGCGCCAGUUAAAGCUGUCUCUGGCAUGGACGAUCUAUCCGUAGACGAGAAUUCGCGAGAAGUUGCUGCAUUCUCACCUUCGGCACGAAUGAACACCGGGAUGGUGGUGAAGAAUAAUAUUCUGUACUUGUACGGUGGACUUGUAGAGGACUGUGAUCGGCAAUACACCCUCAACGACUUCUACAGUCUAGAUUGCCGAAAGUUGCAACAAUGGAAGACACUGAUACCGGAAAACCUCAAAUCGCAUACAUGGUUCGAUUCAAGCUCGAGCUCGGAAGAGGAUGACAGCGAGGACAGUAACGAGGAUGACUGAAGAUGACAAAGUUAACACGAGAUAUUAACUAAGACUGAUAACGAGAUUCGUACAUAAUAUGUAAAUAUAAAAAAAUCAUGUCAGUAAUGUAAUUGAUCUUUUCUUUCUGUCCAGAAAAUGUCUAUAAUUUUAAAAUUACGCAAUAAAUUACCCAUCGUUUAUUA